AAUAAAUACUUCAUUAGAAUGUGAGUCAAGUGAAACACCAACAUUUGUAAGAACACCAGCACUGAGUAUUGCCUAGAUCAUCAGAGACCUAUUUGAUUUAAGUGAAAAUCUGACCUACAUUUCGAGUGUAAAGUGGAGCAUCUAGUCAGUCCAGAAGAGCUAGAGUACCAAGUAGAAAGUCUAGGAUAUCUUCUUAAAACAAUGAAGAAGUCCUUCACUCAGUUUAGUCUUGAAGACUUCUACCCUCAGUUUGAAGAGAUCAUUGAAAGUAUCCAAAACGAGCACGAAGAUCUUAAACAGGAGACUUUAAAAGAGAUCAAAGACAAAGCAUUCUUGAAGUUUGCAGAACUUGAAGUCAAAUUUAACUUACUUCGGAAAAAGAUUCACGAAGAUUAUAUUUUGAAAGACCUGAUGAGUCAUAUCUUCCAGCUAACAGUUCUUAAGGAUUUCGAUAUUGAAGCUAUUGGACUUGAGAUACAAGAAGAUGAUAAUCCAGAUUAUGACGAGAGAACAACUGUAGAUAAAGAUGCUGAUUCAUUAAAAAUGGUGAAUAGUAUUUCUAAGAAAGAGAAUGCAGAAGAUAGUAAGAUUCAAGUGCAAUCUCAGAUUAUUGAAGUAUUAAGACCCAAAUACUUCCAGACUUGCAAUCCCAAUAAAUUUCUGCCUUGUCUUCAGCUGAACUGAUUAUCUCCACAUCACCUAAAUUUUAUGAAGGAAUGUAUUGCUCAAAAAACAAAGCUCAUCAAAAUUAAGAAGUUUUGCUUUUUUACUGAUAAUUCUCAAAUACCACUACUAAAAGAAUAUAUCGAUGAAUGAAUCCCUGAAGAUUUUUGAGAGACACUGAUUUUUGAUCAUUCACAGAAUGAAGACAAGGCUUAUUUCUCAAAUUACUCAUCAUGCAUAGAAGAGCUUCUUUACAACCCUCCAAGCACUCUUGAGUUCAAACAAUACAUUUUUGAGAAAGAAGAUCUUGAAUAUUUAAAAAGUAUGAUCCAAGAAAACUCUCUAAAAAUAACUCUGGCUAAUUGCUGGAGAACCUUCCCCAACUCCCUCACCUUAUUCAGAUUAACCAAAGAAGACCAAUGCAACUACUCUCUCCACCACAUUGAGCCUCUAUCCAGUUUCUGCUAACUUUAUUUCCAUA